AUGCUUCUUUUAAAAUUCUUUUGGAUUUUUAUUUUAUUUUUAUUAAUUUUGAAUCAUGCUGAAGGAGUGAGGAAAAGAAGGGGAAAAGGAAAAAAUGUUGAACAAAUUCCGGGUAAUCCUGAAGCUGAAAAGGGAGAAAGUGGUGAUGAAAAGCAGAAGGAAAAAGUUGGAGAAGUAAUUGGAGAAGAAAAAGAUAAAGGAACACCACCCAAGACGUACGCUUCCGUAUUAUCCGAAGCUCCGAAAGCACCUAAAAUUUCUGAAGUUGGUCAGUCAAGUAAAAUGAUUUCUCCUAAAAUUGGACAGAUGCCUAGUAAAUUAUUUUUCUUUUUAUUAAUUUAAUAAAUAAAUCAGCUCAAAAUUCAAAAAGUCAAAAUCCACCAUCAACAUCG